AUGAGGCUGUGUCUGCUGUUUGUGGUCACUCUGGUGUCCCUGGCCCCGGCAGUUCGCGGGAGCGACAAAAAGAAACUCCAAAUUGGCAUCAAGAAAAGAGUUGACAACUGCUCCAUCAAGUCCCGUAAAGGGGAUGUGCUGAACAUGCACUACACCGUGAGUAAAGAUGGAGAUGCUUCUCCAUUUGGACACUGAAUGAAAAACAUGUCCUAAAGCAGUAUAUAUUUCAAUUUUAGGCCAAGAUGUACUGUUAAGGAGUAUAGGCUAGCCUUACUAGCCUACUCCUUUGACGUCUAACACCCCAUUAUAUGUGGGGCUGGCUCUGGCAGCCAAAACAGCCAAAUACUUAAUUUAAACGUGAAUCGAUUAUCAAUUGCGUUACGGUUAGAGAAACAUAAAGCCCUCUACUUUCAUAUCACAUCACAUCAAAGUAAUUGUACAAAUGCAAAAUAUACACUUACUGUGUGCAGUGGCGGUCAGUGCCGUUUAAGAUGAGGGAGGACACUUCUUUUUUUUCAUGAGCAUGGCCUUAAUUCUAUUACAGCAUACUGGAUGACUGUCAUUCAUAUUCAAUUCACCCAGUUCAAUUUAACAGCGUUAGGUUUAGGCUACAACAUGAUACUCUAAUUUACCCAAUACUCAUCAUGAAGUUGCUACAACCUAGCCUAUGAAUGCAAGUUUACAACGUAGGUGCACACAGGUCGAGAGAAACAUUCGAGGUGACAGGCAAACACAUGGACAGACAGUGACACAUUCAAUACCGCCUUGCACACUCUUGCCUGCAUCUAGCUGAUAUACGGUGUAAUCAUUAGUCCAACAGUUGCAAACAAGAGUUUCUAUUGGACAAAUUCAGGUACGUUUAUCCCCGUUUUGUUACAUUUAUGAAUUGGCGGAAUGAAUACAGCCCUGAUCGCGCAGUUCACUUUCAUAAAAGCCACGUUGUAUUCCUUCUCGCUGUCCUCCUCUCACCUUUUACCUUUGCUUGUGGACUUCAAUGCACAAUACAUCAGACGUAUAUGACCAGAAGAAAAACCUUUCCAAGGCAAACCAUAUCAUAACCGAUACACACAGCAUACAUUGUUGUCAACAUAUUAGCUAAAGUAACGUCAUAGUCAACAUAGCUAAUAGAACUAAGGCGUUAGUAAACCCGCUACAAUCAUGCAGUAACGUUAGUGUACAGUCAGGAAGCAGUUUAGCACUUACACCGGCGGGCCCCGGUGGCAAUAAAUUAGUAAAACCAAAAGCUUACCUUGACUUGGAAGAGUUCCAGUGUUGUGCUGGAUAGUCAUAGCCAGCUAGCUAACAUAGCAUCCCUCUGUUUGAGCAGGGUUGAGUAGGAUAAGCUAGCUAGCUGCCUUUGCUAGCUAAGUAAGUGAAACUGAAAGUAAAAGAAAAUGACUUGCUCAAGGGCACAACGACAGAUUUUUACCUAACAGACUUGAGGAUUUUAACCAGUGACCUUUUUGUUACUGGCCCAACGCUCUUAACCACUAGGCUACCUGUUCAACUAUUGUCUUUCUCUCUUUUGGAGUCAACUACUCACCUCAUUUUAUGCACUGAAGUGCUAGCUAGCUGUAGCUUAUGCUUUCAGUACUAGAUUAAUUCUCUGAUCCUUUGAUUGGGUGGACAACAUGUGUGUUUAGUCAAUAUCUGUGGUUGUCUGCAGGGAAAGCUUGAGGAUGGAACAGAGUUUGACAGCAGCAUUCCAAGGAACCAGCCAUUCACCUUUACUCUGGGAACCGGACAAGUCAUCAAAGGCUGGGACCAGGGCCUGCUCGGGUUGGUGCCUGUUCUUUACUUGUUCCCCUAUUGACUACUAGUGUCCUCAUGCACUGGAUGACUUGUGAGGACUUCCAUUUGCAGACAGUGUAAAAACUAUAGAGUGGUGUUCUUUUGGAUAUAAGGUGUAAAAACACAUAGAUUUCUGACCUCUGCAUGCAAGGUUCUUAAUCCAUCAAUCCUACUUUCUCUCUUUAGAAUGUGUGAGGGAGAGAAGAGGAAACUGGUCAUCCCCUCAGAGCUUGGUGAGUUUGUCCACUGA